AUGAAACGAGUUACGAAAAGAGUUCAAAGAACUCAGUCUCGUACUUUGUUCGAUUUGAAGUUCGUUCGUCUGAAAACGUCCGUUGCUACCAGUACCACAAGUAACGAAAUUAUAGACUUAACUCAGGAAGAUGAAUAUGAUGGUACUGAUACAGAUUAUGUUACUGCAGACUUCACCAGUUGUUUAGAAAGAGAGGCUAGCGUCGAUCCUGAAACUCCAGUUGCUGGGGGCAGUCAAGACGUUAAAAUUGAGGGAAAGAUAUCACAGGCACAAGAAGUUGAAGUUCAAGUCCAGGUUCACGGACAGGCCCAACCUAAAUCUGAGCCAGCUGUUGUAGAUAAAACUUCUCGGAAAAAGUCCAUGGCAUGGUUCAAAAAAUUAAGUUUCAGCGAUAUAACUGUUGUGGUUGAUUCUUUUAAUUGUGAUAAAGAACCAAAUAUCGAUUUAUAUUUUCUUUCCCACUUCCAUGCAGACCAUUAUGGUGGGUUGAAAAAGAGUUGGUCUCAUGGGACUACCAUCUACACUUCAGUUUACACUGCGAAUUUAGUCAAGUGGAAGUUCAAGGUUAACCAAUGCAAACUUAUUGGAUUGUCUUUGAAUGAGUGGCAUAGCGUCUCAAAUGAAGUGCGUGUCAUAUUGCUAGAUGCAAAUCACUGCCCAGGCUCAGUCAUAUUUUUAUUUCACGAUCUACGAAGAAACAGUUUUGUGUUACAUACGGGGGAUUUCAGAGCCAAUGAACGGAUCAUUACUGAAGUAAAUUCCCUUCUUCAAGGAAAUUCCUUGUCGCUUAUUUAUUUGGAUACGACUUACUUGAAUCCAUUCUUCAAGUUCCCCGCUUUACCUAAAGUAUGUGAGGUAACUGCUGAUUUCGCUUCGCUAUUAGCAGAAAAUGGGUUGAACACUUUCCUAAACCGUUCUGAUAGCCAAAGGUCAAUUUCUCAAUAUUUAGGAUUAUCUCAGACCAAACCAAUCCUUUUUGUUGUGCUAAGUUAUUCAAUCGGGAAGGAGCACUUGGCUAUUUCCAUUGCCAAGAAAUUAAAAACACAACUCUAUGUACCGCAUACAAAAUAUCAGCUGGUGAAACAAUACAUCUCAUGGUUUCCAGAGGGUCUACUCACCACUGACCAUAAGUCAUCCAAUGUUCACUUGGUUGCUAUGCACACAGAUUUGGAUAAAUAUCUUUCUCAGUUGUCCAAUAUGUUCGAUUCUAUAGUGGUAUUUCGACCCACUGGCUGGACUUUUUCAAACCAAUAUGAUAAGUCAUAUACACUUUGGGAUGAAUUUGAAAGGAAAAACUGGGUUAAGGACACAUUGUCGGGAGAGACACCAUUUGCCAUUGAUUAUUUCACCAAACAAAAACGUUCGCAGGGCAAAAUCUACCAUUUCAACGUCCCGUAUUCCGAACAUUCUUCAUUUAAGGACUUAUGUCUGUUUUCAACAAAACUUAAGUGGGAUAAGAUUAUUCCUACUGUGAACCUUUCUCAAUAUAGAGAAAUGGCACGAUGGUUCGAAAUAUGGAAAUCAUACAAAGGAUCUCAAUAA